AUGUUCGGUCGCAAAAACCGCGACGUUUCUCCUGAGGACAGGGUCCCGUCAGAGGAGACCGAUCGUACCUUGACUCCUGGCAUCGAUGGCCCUACCAAAGCUCAAGUCAAGAGAGCAACUCGCACUCGUAUGAUCUGGGCUUUGAUUUCGUCCUUCCUCCUCCUCCUGACCGUCGUCUUCAUGAUCCUCGUCGAGGUUGGCUGCACCGGCACUGGAAGCAUCAAAAGCAGUAUCUACUUUAUCAACAUCGACCUGACCAACAUUUUCCCCGAGUCUGUUCCCGAUGCUGCUAUCAUCAACUCUAUCGCCCAGACUAUUGGUCUGCAUGAUUUCUACCGCGUUGGUCUUUGGGGUUUCUGCGAGGGUUACAAUGGUCAGGGCGUCACCGAUUGCUCCACACCCGAGACCCUUUAUUGGUUCAACCCUGUGGAAAUCAUUCUUAGCCAGCUGCUCGCUGGCGCAACCAUCGCACUCCCUACCGACGUUACCGAUAUCCUCGGUCUCAUCAGAGUCGUAUCGCACUGGAUGUUUGGUCUCUUCCUAGCCGGUGCCUGCUUGUCCUUCGUCAUGAUGAUUCUGAACCCUUUGGCCGUCUUCUCUCGCUGGCUCACCUUAUUCACCGGCAUCUUUACCUUCUUGGCCGCUCUCUUCGUCACCGUCGCCACCGUCAUCGCUACCGUCAUGUUCAUCAUUAUGCAGAACGCAUUUACCUCGGUCCAGGAGCUCAACAUUGGUGGAGAACUAGGCACCAAGAUGUUCGCAUUCAUGUGGAUCGCAGCGGCCACCUCAAUCCUUGCUUGGUUGAUUCAGACCAGUCUUUGCUGCUGCUGUGCCAGCAGAAGAGACGUCAAGAAGGGAAAGAAGACGGGCAGCAAGAAGGCCUGGCAAACAGAGACACCUGGAAUCAACGAAAAGGGAUCCAGACGUGGAGUCUUUGGCCGCAAGUAG